UUUACGUCGAUCUGAGGUGUGUACGGUGGGCUGAAAUCGGCUUUAUAUUUCCUAACCACUUGGUAAUUUACUGGUUGUGUAAUCUGUGGAGCUUUGUUCACUAUGCCUGUCUUCCAUACAAAGACAAUUGAGAGUAUUCUCGAUCCCGUGGCUCAACAGGUUUCACAGCUUGUAAUUUUUCAUGAAGAAGGUGAAGAUGGUAGAGCAAUGCCUGACUUGUCAAUGCCUAUCAAGGCUGUUGGUGCCGCAGUUGCCAACCUUGUCAAGGUUGGACAACAGACAGCUGCAAACAGCAAAGACAAGAUUCUAAGACAGGAAAUGCCACUUGCUUUUAAUCGUGUUGAAGAGUCAUCUACUUUCCUUGUUGAAGCAUCUCACAUCUUGAAGGAUGAUCCUUUUUCAUCUGUUGCAAGAAAGAAACUGAUUGAUGGGGCAAGAGGCAUUCUCUCAGGAACGUCUGCACUUCUUCUUACACUUGAUGAAGCUGAAGUCCGCAAAAUCCUUAGAGUUUGCAAAGGUCUUCUUGAGUACUUUCCUGUUGCUGAGAUGGUUGAUGAAAUGGCCGAUCUGAGAACAUUUGUCACCAAUCUUACUCCUGGAAUAACAUCGCUUGCUAAACAGGUUGAAGAGAGAGCAGAGGAGCUGACACAUCAUGAACACAGAGAUAUCUUAAAGACAUGUAUUGGGAAAGUCAAGCACCUUGUCCCGCUGUUGAUAUCUGCAAUGAAAACGUUUGUCAAGUCACCAAUGGGAGCUGGCCGCCCAGAAGCACAAGAAAACAGAAACUUCAUCAUAACCAAGAUCUGCUCAGAAAUCACAGAAAUAAUGCGAGUUCUCCAACUGACAUCAGCUGAGGAAAACAAGGGAGAUGAUCCGCUAUAUGACAUGAAGAAAGCUGUUUCUGUUUUCGAUAGCAAGUUUGACAGAGCUAAGGACUGGAUAGGUGAUGCAACUUGUGAUGCAAGUGGAUUAGGCGAGAAGGCUGUCCGUGAGUGUAUACAGCAAGGACGUACUAUGGCAAAUGUAUGUCAAGACCCUCACAAAACAAUGAUACAGAAAUGCUGUGAUGACCUGGAUAAACUUAUGGAAGAGCUUGCAUCUCUGAGGAGCCAAGGGAAAGGAACAACACCAAGAGGUCUUGAGAUAUCAAGAGAGGUUGGUAGAGAGUUAAACAAYUUACGAACMAUCAUGGACGACGCUGUGCAGCACCAGGGAAUCAGUGGKGUUAAAAAACCUGCUACYUCUUUUGCUGGAAAAAUGGAACAAGCUCAACAAUGGCUUCAAAAUCCUAGUGGAGACCAUACUGGAAUAGGUGAAAGAGCCAUCCGUCAGUGYAUACAAGAUGCAAGAAAUGUUGCUGAGAAGUGUAGUGGACCKGAACGGAUGGAAUUAUUGAAACUCUGUAAUGAGCUUGAGAAUCUCACCAAUGAAUUGAGUGAGCUAAAGCGAMGAGGACUGGGUAAUUCUCCUCAAGCACGUGCCCUAGCAGGCAAGAUAGCCAAUAAGCUUGAUGAACUGCAUCGUAAGACACAGCGUGCUAUAGCUAACCAGGUAGCACAGGAUUUCUUGGACCCUCUGGGUCAUCUGAAACAGUUGGAGAAAGCUGCGAGAGUGCCGAGAGCUGCUGACACUCUACAGUUAAUUGAGGCUUGUGAGGAAGCGAUUAACAGAGAUGUCUUGGCUUGCGAUACCGCUCUUACUCAGGAAAAUCCGCAGAUGGUUGUUGCCAAAACGAGUAACAUUGCAAGAAUGGCGAAACGAAUCGGAAAAAUUGUCAGCGCCGAAGCAGAAAACACUGAAGAUCCAGAACUUCGCAUGAAACUUGAAACGAUGUCGAGAAACGUCCAAGACCUGAUCUCACCGCUCGCUAUUGAAGCGAAAUCUGUCGUAUCAAACAUCAAAGACCGUCAAGGACACGGAAGAUUGAGRGCAGCUAUGAGACGGUUACAAAAYAAUGUUUCCGAUAUUAGAAAAGUUUUUAUCGACCGCGCAAGUCAGUCUGAAGAAGACGAUUUCCCCCCACCCCCUCCUCCCCCACCACCACAGAUGGAAGACCUCAGUCUUUCAGAAAGAGCUCCACCCCGACCCCCACUCCCACGGGAAGAAACGACUCAAGCUCCCCCUCGCCCUCCCCCACCGGUUAUUGAGCCUGCUGUCGAUAUGAAUGUCCAAAACAUGCUCGAAUGCCCUCCUGAAGACAACAGAAUUGCGAUGGCAGCAAGCAAUCUCCAUAAAGAAAUUCUUAAGUGGGAGGAACAAGGCAACGAUAUGAUCCAAGCAGCCAAGAAGAUGGCUAUUUUAUUUGCGAAAAUGUCAAAAUAUAUGAGAGACGAGGAGGAAGGUCAGCCCCAUUCAAAGAAAGAACUUAUCGAAUUAGCAAAAGAAAUUGCAAAUGCCAGCAAAGAGAUUGUCAAACUUGGUCAUAAAGCAUUUGACAAGUGCAAUGACAAGAGAYUGAAGUCGAACAUGCAGCAGACGAUUGACCGAAUCCCAACCAUYAGUACCCAACUAAAGAUCGUAUCAACUGUCAAAGCCACUAUGAUUGGUUCGCAAGAACUCGAGGAGGAUCGAGAAGCCACUGAAACAUUGGUCGGCUGUGCCGARAACCUCAUGAGUGCCGUGCGACAGACCGUCCGAGAGACCGAAGCAGCCUCGGUGAAGAUGCGAACUGACGCUGGUCUCGUGAUGCAUUGGAGAAAGAAACACUGAAUGACGUACAGAACAUACGGGAGCUUUCAUGAAAUUAUGAUAAUUUUCUAGACUAUCAGUUUUCCCGCCUUUUUGGAAAAUGUUGCGCGCGCGCGGUUUUUAUGGAAAGCAGGGACUGGUUAUAUGAAGGGUCCCCCCGGAUAAAGUUUUCAAUGUGAUGCAUUUUGAGUGAAUUUUCUCUGCUGCAUAAGGAUUUAUCCGGGGGACAAAGCUAUUCACCCAUCUUACAACCCGCCCCAUUUAAAUUGUGGAUCAUAUCUGUGGGUGCGUAGGUAUAGGAUUUUCCCACGCUUUGAGAUUUGUAAUAUUCGUGUUAUCAAUCUCUCUUGUAAGUGGUUCCUAGGACCGACUUGUCAAUCAGUGUUUACUAGAUUUUCACAAAAGCGUUUAAUAUAAACUCCAAAACAUAUUUUUCCAAUAAACUUAUACAGGUAAAUAUUUUUCCAUAUAGCAAUACAAUAAUUUGUCAACAUGCACUUUGUCGAAUGAAUUUUUGAAUGGAUUUUAUAGGUAUAUAAAAAUAACAAAUCAAAGCGAACACAGGAAACCCGUGAAAACAAGGCAAUAGGAGACUGGCAAUAUGGCAAUAGGCAAUGUUCAUCGGCGUCAUUUUGUGCAACAAAGCAUUUUAAUAUUGCAUCCGUUCAAAUAUUCUCUUAAAUCUAUUUUUCUGCUUUCCAAAAUGUGCACAAAAUCUUGGACUUCAGCAAAUAUCACGAAAAAAAAAUUGUGUACUAUUAGCGAGCAUAGCAAAGUGCGAAGAUCGAUAUCUUCCAACGUGUUUUGUCGUCCAAAAUGGAGUCCUGCACAUCUGCUAAUUCUAUAACGUUCUCUGCGUUUGACUACGAGAAUUUAUUUCACAGGUUUCUUGUGUCAAGUCUGAAUCAAGUUUAUGAUGAGCCGUAUUUCUAAAGUAAUCUUAAUUAGGAAUUUCUAUUAAAAUUUUGAUAAACUA